CCUUAAGUCUUUUGACUGGAAAGCCGGUCCUGGAGGAAAAUAAGUUCAAUGAUGCCGAACAAAAUGCAAGAGGAAGAAAAAAAGAUGGAGGUACAAAAGAAACCGAAGUCUAGAUCCUGGUUUAAAACAUUUGAAGAGUUCUGCAAUCGGACUGACCUGCACGGGUACAAGUACAUUGUGAUGCCAGGACUCACGUUUUAUGAAAGGAUGUGCUGGGCUAUAGCUGUGGCUGCUAGUGUGUUCUGUGCUGGAUAUUUUGUAGUCACGGCCUAUUGGUGGUACGCGCGAAAUCCCAUAAUAACAGUGAUCGAGAGCACCCACGGCGCUAUCUGGGACGUUCCGUUCCCGGCCGUGACCAUAUGCAGCGUCAACCAGAUCUCACGCCGCGAGGCGCACCGAUUCUCGCAGAAUUUAAAGCUACCAGACAACGUGACGUCAGAAGAAGUAUUCUCGGCGCUGGGGCUGGCGCCGCUGCUGCACUCCGUGUUCCAGGCGAGCGCGCAGCAGAAGCAGCGGCUGGCGCGGCUGCAGGCCGUGCUGGACCUCAACCGAGUGCAAGUCGACCACAUGUUCAGGAUUCUCUCCCCAGCGCGGCUUUGCAAGGUGCUAGUGCAGCGAUGUAUGUGGAAAAACACGGUAUACCGUUGCGGGCUACUCUUCCGACCUCUCAUGACCCAGUUCGGAUUGUGCUGUACGUUCAAUUAUUACGCUAUCGACUCUAUUGACUACAGCAACUCGACGGACCAGCACAGUCCGCCGACGCCGCGGCGGGUGGCGUCAUGCGGGUACCAGACGGCCCUGACCGUGCUACUCAACAACGACUUGGAAGACUACUACAGCACGGCCAUCGCAUCUUAUGGGAGCCUGAUCCUAAUAGACAACGCGUAUAAUCUGCCAGAACUGGAUUCUCCUACUCGCCUGGUCAGCCCUUCCAUGGAGAUGUUCAUAGCGCUAACUCCAGAAAGGACCUACGCUACCAAAGGAGUCAGCCUCUUCUUGCCAGAACAAAGGAAGUGCUACUUUAAUACUGAGAAAAAGCUGAACAAUCUGAAAUAUUACAGCUACCACAAUUGCAUGGCAUUGCGGCGGAUGGAAAUAAUAAAGAAACACUGUCAAUGUAUACCUUUUUACGUACCAACCAGCGAGGGCCUCACAGAAGAUCCAGAAGAUUCAGAAAGGAUUUGCAAUUUUUCGGACAUGGAUUGCCUUGAAACUACUCGACGACCAUUUACCGAGCUUCAGACGACGGAUCCUAAUGAGGAGUAUUUAGAAUGUUUACCGGACUGCGAGCACUACGACUAUCCACUAGAAGUGGCUUUGGGCAUCAUGGCCACUGACGCGCCUUUAGACGGACUCUUGUUCUUCAAAGACGUGGUGCUGACAAACCAGUCGCUGGUGAAUGUGUUCUUCAACGACCUGGUCUCGACGCGGUACCGCAGAGAUGUUUACUUGAACUGGCAGAACCUUCUAGCAUCGUUCGGUGGCUUGCUGAGCCUGAUGCUGGGCUUCACUCUCAUAUCAGCCAUAGACUUCGUGAUCUUCUUCAUAUUCAAGAUGGCGUACGACGCAGUCCUCCCCUCACAGACGCGGGAACCUCAGCAGAAGCAGUGGACGAAGACCCAACAGAUCCUUGUGCAGGAGAGAAAGAGAGACGCUUGGAAGCCGCCGGGACUCUCGAAGAGAGAUGCACUCAAGUACUAGAUUAAGCAAGAGAUUACUGAGAGAAUUAAGUAAUUAAGAAAAACUAUGAUCUGCUUUUUGCGCACUGUUCAACUAAAUAAGAAACUGGUAGUAAUUGUUCUAGAUUUACACAGCUCGAAAUUAAAGUUAAGUACGCACGUAAUACCUACGUUGUGGCAGAUUGGAGACCUUGAACAGGCAGGGAUAGCGCAGGACGCCCUCAAACCAGCUGGAACAUCAGAUAUAACUAGAAUGAGGAAAGGAGAGAACAUUAAUAUAUUAAAAGAGCGGGGCCAUCUGUCACAGAUAUUGUUUACUUACUAGGCGGUCCCAACCUUGUAUGUAAUCUAGGCUAAGCUUUAAAUGAAAUAAAAGUUAUUAUUAUUCAAGUAUAUAUUUAUUAUAUAAUGUAAUAUUUACUCACGAUCAAUACUUACUCUCAUACUUCACAAUAUCUGUCCCGGCUCUUUACAAUAUAAACACUGUGCCGGUUGUUAAUGUUUGAUUUGAAAUAGUUAAAAUAAAACUAGUUAAUGGUCUGUGGUAUUUAGCGGGGGAUUAAAACAUGCAGAGUUAAGCUCAGCUUAGUGAGCCACAUAAAUAGAUAAUGUUAUACAGGUAAAUGGGGGUUUUAUGUAAACACUAAACACGCAUGAACUGUUAAUUUUGAUAUUUACUAUCAAUAUAUUUAUAAAUUGAUGUGUUUUCCCAAGUGUGAUUACUAUUACUCGUAUUAGGCAAUGCAAACAGCUUUAAAUAAACGAUAAAGUGAAAUUAAUUAA